AUGGCUCCUCCUCGUGCUUCAGGAACCAAGGAUGGCCAGGAUAGGUCAUUAAAUAGAGAGGGCGCUAGCAUUAGAAACAAGGAUGCUAGCAGGGUAAACAAGCUCUCGGCGCAAGAGACAAGAGUAUCAGGUCAAAUGGUAUCUGGACCAACAAACUCAAAGUCGAACACAACUGCAGCCCCACGUGCCAAGUCAUCGAGACUUUCCAAAGGUCCUGCAUCCGAUGUGUCACAAGACGAGAGCGUCGAGGGUGAGUCUUCUACGCGAGCCUCAAUUCCACGCGCUGCCACGCGACAGCCGAUCCCACCCCCCGUCCACUCAAACGAAGGGGAUCACGUCGAAUCUCCUCACUUGCCCAGAUUCACCGAAGAUUCAUCAGGAGCUCAACAUUUUCGCAUACAAGAUUGGGACCUCAACGGCCCACACGACUUGAUACCUACAGAGCAACGAGAACAACAAAAUCAUGGAGGUGAUCGUGCCAGAACACUGAGGGAGGAAGAAAGCAGUAGUCGUCAGACCGCUACUCAUCAUCACCCAGCGCCAGUCGAAGGUACUCGCAGCAUCAUUCAAGAUAGAAGGCAAGAGAAGGCGCACGUAUCUACACAACCGAGACCAAAUAUUACCGGUCCACAACCACUAUCCCCAGCCAUUUUGGCUUCUCUGGCUGCUGAAAAAGCCAAAUACAAAGAAGAGGAAUUGGACGCCAAGCUCCAAUACAUAAAGAAGCACAGUGGUGGAGGUUGGGGCAUUGAAGACUUCCAAGAAGUUGGUCUUCGUGGUGGACGUUCAGAAAAGGGGGCUGUAACCCCCACCAGCAGCCCAGUCGUGUCGUCUCCAUCUAUAACUGAUUCUGAAUCAACCAUAUCUGGUGAUUCUCCCGUCGAGGCCACUGAACCCAGUAUGGCCCCUGCUUCUAGGUCUGUUGAGGCUGCACAUUCCUCUGCACCUUCCAGUUUGGUCUCUCCGUCUCCAUCGAAGCAUGUUGAUGCACCUGUCGACUCCGGUGACUCAGCCAUGACUGCUGCUGCCGAGUCAGUCACACCACCAAGUCCCCAUUUACUCCCGAUAGCAGGAAGCUUAGGAAAUGGUAGAGGAAAGGCCGUGGCUGUGGAUCAAGAUGAGAAGUCUGCUGAAGAGUCUUCCGAAGAGCCAGCUGAGGAUCCUACCAGCGAUGAUGAUAUCACAGAUCAAUAUCGGAAUCCGACACACGCCAAUGGCCAAUCUAGUAUGGCUUCGAGUAGUCAUGGGCCUAUCGAAAAAGAAGUCAAGAAGAUGCCUCCCGGUCAUGUUGCCAUCGACGAAGGAACUCACAGUCGAGCCCAAAUCCUGGCUGGAGCUCCGCAGCCAGAAGCUUUGACCAUAAUGCUUCGAACCGAAAAGCGCGACGAACACAAUGUGGCAACUGCUCGAGCUUUAGUUACCCAUAAAUAUACAAAGGAAAUAAAUUGGGCAGACGCAAGAGAAGUCAAGUGUCUCAACAAGUGGCGUAACCAGAUCUUAAUUCGAGCCUUCAAGUCAAAGCAUGAACGAAGAUGGAAGUACACUCUUAGUGAGAUGAACACGUUGUGUCAAUUCCUGGACAUCCAGCUUGCUAUUCCUACAGUAGAUGGCUUAAUGGCCAAUGUUGAUUGGGCAUGGGUCACAACCAACUACAACAGCUUUUUCCAAGGACAGAUACAACGCGCUGGCGAAUUAUACGCCAGCGCCUCCUACACAGGCGAUGAUGGCAGAAAGACAUCUGCCGCCGGUCAACCAAUGAAGUAUGACCGUGAUGCACCAUUUAGAUCUGAGAUUGCUUUGAAGAAUCAGAUCUAUCACUUCAGAGACAAACGAGCAGUCGACCUUGUCAGAAAUUCGAGAGGUGCAAGAUCAUGGGAUGAACCUCAGGAACCCGCUAGUGAUGAACCACAGGAAGAUACUGAGAAUAUUCCCUCAGUCUUGUCUAGUGAGAGGUCUUCCCCCAGUUCCAAGGGAUCGCUCAAGAAGCUAAUCUUUACGCUUGGGAAUGGUAGCAAGGUGACACUCGAAAACAAGAAGAGGGCCAACACUGAGGACCCUACAGAUGAAGAGAUCUGCCCACCGAACAAGAAGACAAAGUUUAGUGGGCCUUCUCAUCUACGUGGGGGUAGCGGUGGUAUGUGGGAAGGCCCCGAGUCGGACUUCGACUACAGCGAGGAUGCUGCACCACCAACUCACUAUCAGGGUCAUGAGUUGCGUUCCGAUUCUCCCUUUCGACAAAGUUCCCCCUCUCGCACUGCACGAGGCUUUUCCAAUGCUGAAAGUGUUUUGGGUCAAGGCAGAACAGAACAUGGUGUCAAUAACCGAUCUAUGGUCGCUCGGUCUACCUCUCUAUCUGGAAGUGAGCAGAGCUCAAGGGAAAUUGAGGAGAACUAUGAUGAUGAUAGUGAUUAUGAAGGCACAUCAUCCUCACAUAAGGCCAAUAUGGAGCCACGCCUUCCUCAAGAGGCUCAAUUUCCGCCUGCAUAUUCACAGGCUCGUCACCCACUUCCCGCUGUUCGAAAUACAAUCGUAGAUGCACAAGAUACUUGUCGUUGCCCCAGCCCUAGGCGUCCACGCAAUAUUGACGCACCACAGCGCCACCUUCUUCCCAAUGGACCACUAUUGCCGGCUCAAUAUGGUUCGCCACAGAGAGCCCCACCUUCAAACAGCAAGAAGAGAGCAAGGAAUCAUGGCGAUGCUAAUAUGGGCAACAACAGCCAACAAGUCCCAUCGAAGAGACCAAGAUUGCAAGAUCAAGAUCAAGAUGGGUAUCGAGAUCAACAUCCAGUUCGAUUUGACCCAGUGCAAUUGGAUACAGUUGCAGGAGGUCCGAACCAGAUUUUCCUCUCUCCAUUCCCACACAAUUCGAGUGUGGCUAAUAGGGAAGCUGCUCUUGGAUUACGGCUAAGAGCUCCAGUGAGAGGCCCACAAGUAGUCACCAGGACACUCGGGCAAGCCGGACUUCGCCUUCCCACUCUGGAUGAUUAUUUUUUCGAAGAAUGA